AUGAACCCUUCGAACCCGAGCGCGGGCAAGUCCCUCCAGAUCCAGCCCAGCUUCCCCGUGCCCGCACAGCCGGCUCCGGCGUCAGCGGGCUUCGAGACGGCUCGCCGCGCAAACCCGGCACCCGCAGCCUCGCUGCCGCAGCCCACGCCCCGGAAGGGACAGAGCUCGCGGAGACAGCAUCGGACGCAGCGCCGGCCCAGCAUGGCAGGGAGGCCGGUCGACGAGUACGACGCCAUGGCGGAGAUCAGGGCGCUGAGGAACCCGACGAGUCGGCGUGGGCAGACAUCCAUCACGCAUCUGCUCAAUUACUCAGCGCCGCUGCACCACCACGACGUCGGCCACCAUCACCAUGGAAACUCGAGGUCUUAUCGGCGAAAUCCAACCUGGGGCCCCGGCUCGGGAUAUCAUGCCGUCGACAAGUCCCGAUACGUCCACGCCAACUAUCGCUUCGUCGUCUCUCCCGAUGGAGACUACUCCAAGCAUGCCGCGGAUGCCGACCUCUCCCUCGACUGGUCCAAUGUCCUGCAGGUCAUUGUGUCUUCAGAAUCGCAGGCUUCGUCGUGCCCAAUAUGCUUGUCGGAACCAGUUGCACCUCGGAUGGCAAAGUGCGGACACAUCUUCUGCCUUACAUGCUUGCUUCGAUUCAUGAACUCGGCGCUGAGCGAGGACGAGGCGAAGCCGGGCAAGGCCGCCAAGUGGAGGAAGUGCCCCAUCUGCGAAGACAACAUCUACCUCCCUGACGUGCGGCCGGUGCGCUUCUACGCUGGCCAGGAGAGCCCUCUUCCCCGCGUUGGGGAUGACGUUGUCCUGAGGCUCAUGGUGCGGAACGCAGGCUCAACUCUUGCGCUUCCCCGCGCGAGCGGAGCCGAAGUCCUCAACUCAGAGGAUAGCGUCCCGUGGUACUUUGCCGCCAACGUCCUCGACUACGCUCGUGUCAUGAAGGGCACGGCAGACUACAUGGCUGGUCAAUAUGACGAAGAGAUUGAGACGAUGCAACAACAGGCCGCGGAGGACGAAGCCUUGUUCGGGCAGGAUCGCGAGUGGACUCAAAAGGCUGUCAAUGCGGUCAAUGCCGCCAAGGAAAAGGUGGCUACCCUUGGCGGCGCCGAUGAAGCCAGCACAAGCUCGUUACCAGGCUCGGCGAAGCAGUCGACCGAGGCCGACUUUUAUUUCUACAGCGCUUUGCCUCAUUUAUAUCUUUCGCCACUAGACAUUCGGAUUUUAAAGACACAGUUUGGGUCUUUCUCAGCCUUUCCAUCCACCUUGCUUCCCAGAGUCGAACACAUCUCGACUGGCCACGUCGUCGAUGACACUCUGCGGAAACGGGCAAAGUAUCUAGGCCACCUUCCGCAUGGUUGCGUUAUCAGUUUUCUGGAGUGCGACUGGACCGACAUCGUCCCUGCUGAGACGCUGGAGACGUUUGCUUCCGACAUCGAGCGGAGACGGAGUCGCAACCGUGAUAAGGCUGCGCAGGAAGAGCGAGAGCGCCUGCAGUCCGAAAGGAUAGAGGCGGCUGCUCUGCGGAAUCUUACCGGUUCCCGACGGUCUCAUUCUCCGCCCAUCCAGGGCGAUUCCCCUCCUUUCGUGGACAUGUCAGAGUUUCAGCCCCUGGCGGCGCCAUCGGGUACGACACCUCCCGAAGCACGGUUAGGAUUCUCCACGCUCGCCUCCAUGUCAACCAGCCCCUCCACACAACGGACUGUCUGGGGCACACCAGCCAUCUCAACAGGUCCUGGGAUGGAAGAAGUUCCAGCGCCCCGCAAUACUGACGACGGAUGGCUCAAGGACGAAGAUUUGUUUCUCAGCCCUAGCGAGCUCGCCAGGCAAAUGGAAGCAUUGAAUGCCAUGGAUAAAGAGGAAAACGGACAGAGCAGCAGCACUCGUGGUGGUGGAGGUGGUGGUGGUGGUGGCGGAGGCAAGAAGAAGAAGAAGCAGAAGAUCACACUUAUGAGCACUGGUGGGCGUCGCGGCAUUUGA